CACAGAGGAAGUUGCGGUGUCACAGUUCCUCAGUGCUGCUGCAUUGCUUGAGGACAGUGACAUUUGCUUUGAGAGUAGUAGCAUAGGGCUUCAUUCACCAUUAUCAUCAGCACACAUUCUUGUGACGGGCUCCCAAGAUGCCGAACGUGCACAACCGCAACGAAUGGAUGCAGCAACCCAGACAUCUGCCAGAGGCGGGCUUGCUGUUGAGGAAAGAGUGGAUGCCGGUACCCAGGCAACUGCCACCAGCACGGUAGCAGGACAAACACAUGACCAGGGAACGCAAUGGGAACGGAACCUCUAUGAGGAUCACUGUUAUGCGCAAAUUCCUGCUACUGAGCCGCACCGCACGUCAUUUGCCAGCACACUCUCUGCUGAUGACAUUAAUUUCUACACAGGGGUGUCACAGCCAGUGUUUAGUCAGAUGGUAGAAAUAGUAACAAUGCUUGCACAGAAGCCAAGCUUUCUGCCACGCGAAGACCAGCUCUUGCUGUGCCUUAUGAGACUGCGUCUGGGGCUCCUCUACGGACAUCUUGCAAGAAUUUUUCGUGUGUCCGUUUCAAGUGUGGGGAACCACUUUAUUUAUAUACUUGGAAUUGUCUCUGAUAUCAUGAAGGAAGUUGUUACCUGGCUACCACGAAGCUACAUUCGCAAUACCAUGCCCGAGUCAUUCAUUCAGAAUGGAUAUUCAUGCACCACAUGCAUUCUUGACUGUACUGAAGUUGUGCUACAACGUCCGAGGAAGCUCAUGCCUACAGCACAGACCUACAGUAACUACAAAUAUAACAAUACAGUGAAGUUUCUGGUGGCAAUUGCCCCGAAUGGCUUCAUAAUAUUUGUUUCCAAAGCUUAUGGUGGGCGUGCAUCCGAUAAACUUCUCACGAAAGAUUGUGGCAUCUGUGACCUUUUCAUGCCUGGGGAUGAAAUCAUGGCAGAUAGAGGCUUCACUCUGGACCACGAACUGCAAGUGCAGGGGAUUCGACUUAACACCCCAGCAUUCACAAGAGGGAAGUCUCAAUUAACACAGGCAGAAGUGACCCAGACAAGACGGAUAGCCGCUGUACGGAUCCACAUUGAAAGAGCGAUCAACAGGAUCAAGACCUAUCGCACAUUGAAACAGGCCUUACCUAUUGCAUCUAAGAAGGUUAUCAGUAACAUAAUUUUUGUAUGUGCUGGGCUCUGUAACUUAAAGCCACCCCUGAUCAGGGAAGCUCACAGGACAGCAUAG